CGCUGUGGCGUAAGUACUGGAGUGCAAAUAGUGAAGAUAACAAAAGUUUAACAAUCAAUAUUCUACGCGAAUAAUUCUAAAUAAAAAUUUAUAAAAUCGGGAAAUAUACAACAAAAAUUUUAUGCAUCAAUAUAAAAGAUAUUUUUGAUAUGUGUAAUUGAGACUUUUAACAGCUAAUGUAUAUAUUUUAAUUUUGGUUUUUUGUUGGUGAAGUAAUCGCUGGCUUAGUUUGCUCUAACAAAGUAUACCAUUGUUUGUUUUGGGCAAGUUAGUCAAUAUUAGGCAAUGGGUUCGUCAUCGUCGCGUAACACUACGUCCACUUUUCCAUCGCAUGAUGAUCCAGCGUACCGGAAGUGUCAAGAGCUGAAGAUGGAACGCUGGAUUCAAUUGCACUAUCAGAUAAAAGAGCGCGAAAUGGCUACAUAUAUUGCAGGCAAACGUGAGCUCUUCUAUUGGUUAAGCGCUUUCUAUAUCACCUCCAGCAUCGGUUGCUGGCAGUAUUAUCAGCAUAUACGACGAAAAGCAGCCUUAAUACCAAUGGUUCCCUUGACUUUUGUGAUGGCUUAUUAUGCAGACUUGGCUUACGGCAGUAAAGUGCAACGUAUUAAAGCUGAAGCAAAUAUGAUAUUGGAGCAUGAAAAUGAACUACUACACUGGCCUGGCGGCUUGCCAACUGUAUCAUCUUUAGAUGAGGCACGUGUUGAAAAUGAAAUCGAAAAAAAAUUGCAUCCACAUCCUUCAUAGACUUAUCCGCUUACAUUUUAUUUAUACUAUACAUGUUAUUGAGAUUUAAACUUUUACAUUUGCUCAAAUAUUUCUCUUUUUCAUUAACUGCACAUUUGUCUACAUAUGUAUAUGUUAAUUUAUGGAGAUUUACAUUCGCUCUUUGAAACCAAUAUUUAUGCAACUGAAAGUUCGUGACAAUAUUUUAAAUAAUUAUAAGAUUAGCCAUUUUCUAAAUGUACAAUUACUUAUACAGCAAUUGCUGCGUGUGUGUAAUUAUUACUGUAAAUGUCUUAUUUUUACCAUUCUAUAAAUGUAUUAACAUAUAUUGUCCAUAAUAAUAUAUUUUAGAACAUCUAAAAAAUGGAAUUCUACCAACAUUCAUACGAUUACAUAUGACGCACACAUUAGGUAAAUUAAAUAUAAAUAUUGAAUAUGUAACAUUGGGUGAAAAUCAUAUGGAACGACGACAGAAAAAAGUCAGUAUAAAAAUUGUAGUCUAGUAUAAAAAAUAUAUAAAUUAGUAGAGCUCCAUAUAAGCGGGGUUUCAACACCAUCAUUCAACCUUAAUUCAUGUGAUUGUUAUAGUACUUACUUACAAAUAUACUCAUAAUUAAACUG